UCCGGGCCCGCCCCCGCAGCGCCAGGCCGAGAGCACCGACGGACUCGACGAGCGGAAGCGGCUCUGCGACCGAGUGGCCGCGCCGGGCCCCGCCUCCCGGCUUCCUGCGCGUCCCCGCCGCCGUCCCGGCGUAGCCCCCGGGCUCCCGCAGACUCAGGUGGUGAAUACUUAUUCUGCUGGGAAGUAGAAGAGUAAGAAAUAUGCCUCCCAAGUUCAAGCGCCACCUAAAUGACGAUGAUGUCACUGGUUCUGUGAAAAGUGAAAGGAGAAAUCUUUUGGAAGAUGAUUCAGAUGAAGAAGAGGACUUUUUUCUAAGGGGACCAUCUGGACCAAGAUUUGGACCUAGAAAUGAUAAAAUCAAGCAUGUUCAGAACCAGGUGGACGAAGUUAUUGAUGUCAUGCAAGAAAAUAUUACAAAGGUAAUUGAAAGAGGGGAGAGACUAGAUGAACUACAGGACAAAUCAGAAAGCCUGUCGGAUAACGCCGCCGCCUUCAGCAGCAGAUCCAAGCAGCUUCGGAGGCAGAUGUGGUGGCGCGGGUGCAAAAUGAAGGCCUCCGUGGCUCUGGUAGCUGUGGUCCUCUCACUAGUGAUCAUCAUUCUUAUAGUUGUGAGAUACCGUAUUUGACCUGGUGACAGAUCUGCAUUAAACAAAAUCUGGGACCAUAACAGUAAGAGUGCUGCGCCAUUUAAAUGAGACCUAUGUAUAUAGCUUUCAAAACUUUUACAAGAAACCACGAGGCAAGUGUCACUUCAGAUUGGAGCGUUGAGAAUGUUACUUUCUCCCCUUCUAACAAAACGUGCUUUUAAAGUUAUGUGUAAGGCAAUGCUAACCAACCUCUAAUUUGCCAUAUUCCAAGGAUCUAAUUUGAAACUAGGUACUUGCCACUGCAUUGUUUGUGUAUAUAAUUAAACACUAAUAUUCCAUACUGUUGUUAUAAGGACUUAUAUUAUUGCAUCAAGGUGGGGUCAGGAGGCCCCUGUUGGUACCGGUCAUUAUGCUAAAAGCGAUGCAUACCCAUCUCGUCAGUAUUUGCAGGUUGCUCCUCACAUUGUGAGGGCCUUGCAGGCACUUCCCACACGUUUAUGGGUGCAACUGACUGUUGUAAAUGUUGCUGCCCUCAGCUGUACCUAAAGACAUUCCAGUAGACCUAUUUUUGAGUGUGUAAAGGGACAUGUAAUUUUUUGGCAUUUGGAUCAUGGAAACGGAAAAUGUAAACAGUGUGAAAAGCAUAGAAUGACGCUGUCAAACUGGAGAUAAUAAAAUUGGAGAAUGUU